AAACCAUACAAAUGGAUUGGUCGUGUUGCAGUCCGAGUAUGAAGCAAAGUAGUUCGGAUUAAAACUGUUUAAAAUCCAAAGAGUACGAAGCAUUCAUAACAGCACUAGUACUGUUUCUACAAAGGUCCCAGCUAGGAUCUUAGUGGCAGGUGAAAGGUACCGGAGACUCAGCUUCUUACACUUAAGACAGUUUGACCACUGUAAGGGAUGUGGAGGAUUGACCAAGACAUAACUAAAAGUGUCAGGUGAGGCAGUGAGCGGUCGGAUGGGUCGUGUGCGAGCCCGACUCAAGAAUGUGGUCAUCACAGGCAUCAUCCUCUGCUGCUUCCUUUUCCUCUGGCUCGUAGCUGUCUCCAAACAAGAUGGUCAGUAUGCGGGGCUGGUGGAGGACCGGUACAUUGAGAUGCAGGAGCGGCUCCAGCAGGCGGAGCAGACCAGUCGACAAAGACUGACCGACCUCCAGAUGCUCCGUAGUCAGUUCAACUUCCUUGUCGGCCUCGUAACCAAUAACAUUACUGGCAACAACAGCAGUGACAUGGGGGAGUUUUCCCACAUCAUGCGUGAGAAGGGUCAGAACUUCAGUGAUGAACUUAGUUCCCUGCACCUUCCUAGCAUCUUCACCUACCUGCCUCACCUCACUGGACACCCAGAGAGCCUGAAACCAGUCUAUAAACUCUCAAGGAACAGGUUUGGAGCGUCCCUUGUGCUUGGCAUCCCCACGAUCCGCCGGGAGAAAGUCUCGUACCUGACCCAGACGGUGAGCUCGCUGAUUACAGGAAUGACCAAGGAGGAACAACAGAUGUGCCUUAUCAUUGUAUUUGUAGCUGAGCCCUGGGACAAAGCCUAUGCGGAGGAAGUUGGUGAUAGUCUGAAGAAAGAUUUUUCUGACAGUAUGGCCAGUGGUCUUCUAGAGGUGAUAUCUCCCCCAUCUGAGUACUACCCCGACCUUGACAAUCUCAAACUGACUUUCGGGGACACCAAGGAGAGGGUCAAAUGGCGUACAAAACAGAACCUUGACUUCACAUUCUUGAUGCUGUAUGCCAGGACACGGGGUUUCUACUAUGUGCAGCUUGAAGAUGAUGUAGUAGCCAAGCCCGGAUAUUUCUCGAUCAUGAAGACAUACGCUGACCAACAGAAGAAUAAUGACUGGAUACUGCUGGAGUUCUCUGCCCUUGGAUUUAUUGGCAAGUUGUUCAAGUCGUCCCAGAUCCCCGUUAUUGUGGAGUUUUUCCUCAUGUUCCACAGGGAUAAACCUAUAGACUGGUUACUAGACCACUUCCUCAGUGUAAAAGUAUGCAGUCCCGAAAAGGACAAGAAACACUGUCAGCGUAUGAUUAUGGAGGUGCGGAAGAGAUUCAAACCAUCCCUGUUUCAACAUGUCGGCACACAGUCUUCCCUCAAGGGUAAAACACAGAAACUAAAGGAUCGAGACUUUGGAAAGCAGGCCAUAUAUAGAGCCCAUGUGAACCCGAGCGCUUUAGUGUACACCAACAUUAAGGCCUACCAGAAAUACCUGUGUAAAAAAGCAUACAUUGGCGAGGAUAUUUUCUGGGGCCUGACUCCUGUUAAGGGAGACCACUUUGAGAUACAGUUUGAUGUUGCUGUAGAAUUAGAAAGUUUCCUGUUUCGGAGCGGCAAUGAGCAGCACAAGGAAGACAAGUUCAUGGACACAAAUGUGGAGGUGUAUGUGGAGGGCACGCCGGAGGAUACGUAUAAGAAGGUUGGGGAGUUUGACGCGGAUGGGAUUGCAAACGGGACUAUUCCCCCGCAGACUGGCAAGGUGAAGAAGCUUCGGCUCAAGGUGCAGCGAGACCUGGAGAACUGGGUCGUUCUUAGUGAGAUACACAUAGUAGAGCGUAAGGAGAGCUGACGCAGGCCGGGCGGGGAGUGAUCCACGGGAUGCUGCAAUAUUUCCUGGCAUGGUCUCUGCUAACCUAGAACACUGGCUCACUAUACUCUACACCACCCACAUGGCUUACUGGCAUGGAGACAAUGUGUUGUGAACUCAUUUAAAUCAUGAUAGUUGUAUUAAAAGAGAUUCACAUUCAUUGGAGCAUAGCACUUCACAAUUGAGUGUUUUAGUGCUGUGGGAAUUGUAAAACACCGAUCCAUAACCCAUCAAUUCAGUUUAUAAACAUGAAGCUAGUGCUUUGGAAAGUAUGUACCAAUCCAAAAAUAUCAGGACAUGUAUAAGGCUUAUAUGUAAUUAUGAAAUGGACUUUGCAUUGCAUAAUGUUUGAAUUAUGCCAUAGCCUGGCAUCUUCAACAGAUUACACAGAUUUAUAGGUGUUUGUAUUUGUCCUUUAUCAUUAUACCUGUCUGUUUAAGACUAUUUUUGUCUGAAGUUUUAAUUGUACAUUUACAUAUAUGUUUUGUAUCAAUUAUUAUUUUACUGGGUUAUACUAUAGUUGGAAUGUUUGUUAUACCUCAGACAGAAGAAAGUGUCUCUCUUCCUUUGUGAUCUCUACUCCAGUCACUUUUGUAGGGUCCUCAUUCUUUUUUAUUGACCACUGUAUGAAAUUACCCUCUGUCUGUAUUCCUAAUGAGUAAUAUACUGCUAAUUUAUUUUACUUUGCUUGAUUGAUUCACUGUAUAAAAUAUUACUAAUUAAAGUAAUUAUAUAGAUAAACUCUCCAAUUGAGAGAUUAUUAUAUCAGAUUUAAAAUUAUAUAAGAUUUUAAUUGAUAUUUGCCGAAUAAUGUGACAUUGUUGACUUAGUAAAGAUUUGAAAGUUAACAUGAAGGACAUUAACAAUGUUGUUAACUUGAACAAAGUUCGGAAAAUCAACCUUUAUUGAUUGACAUAAUUUUUUUCGUCCAAAUGUCUAAUAUCAAUAAAAAACUUGUUCAGAACUUUUUGAGAUUUGAAAAUGACAAAGGUUGUGAUGACCUUCACUUUCAUCAUAUUUCAUCUUUGUUUGUUUUUAAAAUGUAUGUAAACAAUUCAUAUGAGGUAUGAAAUGAGGUACAAAAACAACCUUUAAAGAAUUAUAGGUCAGUAUUACACAUAAUUAUCAUGUAUAAUUACCUUUAUAAUAAUAAUAAGGGUAUGAAUUAGGUGGUAUUUUGGUAUUAUUUAGUUUAUUUAAUAAAUAAAGUCUCGUAUCUGGUCUUCAUAUAUUUCAACAUUCUUUUGUCUAACCCCGGUUUAAAUAUUUAUUCCAAUUGCAUUAGUAACUGAAUGUAUAAACUAUUACAUGUUUUAUGAUUUGCAGUGAAGUAUACAUGUAUUCUUUAACUCCUGUUUAAUACUUGCCAAUUGACAAGCUUAUUGUCUAGUCUGCUACAUUCCCAUAGUCACCAGUGGUUAGUUGAGAUUCUAUUUGACAAUCUCAUCCAUGUGUGCGAGUUUUCUCCUGUUACAGUAAGCGUUGAGAGAUUUGUCUUGGGCCUGUAUUCAGUAACAACAUGAGUUUGAGACAAUGGCUAGGAAAAGCAAAAAUUUUGUAAUAAAAAUGCUAUAAAAUAUAAGAGGAGCAAAUAUGGCCAUAAGAGCUGCAUCUGUCACAAAAAAUCUGUUCAACAAUCAGGCACAUGUCUUUUGUCAAAGUUUGUAAUGUUAUAGAUGUUUUGAAAUAUUUAACAGUUCUGUUAUUUGUGCCGGGGUCUCAAACUCAGAUUGAAGAUGUUUGUGAAUAUGGCCCCUGGUUAUGACCCAAGUUUAUACUUUAAUUGUGCAUAAGUAUGUUGAAUUUGUCAUGUGCCUUCCUUUAUUUGUCAUAAUUUUUUAUGCAUAAUUAGAAUAAUCAUAAUCCAUUUCAUUAAUUAUUGUGGGACGUUGUCAGGAAUAGAGUUCAGCUGUGAAAUUUUUUCAAAUAUCUUGAAGCAUUUGCUUGUAUUUCUGGUAAAAUGUGGAUUGUGAUAAACGUACUGCCUUUAUAAUGUUCCCCAAUGGAGCAUGGACAAGGAGCAUGUCGUUUGUCACAUGACAGUUUUUUUGACAUUUUGUGAUAGAAGCACUAGUUUUCUGUGUUGGGGGAGAAAAGCAUGAAUAGAAUAUCAGAGCCAAUAUUCUUGCACUUUAUUUUAGUUAAUAUUAAAUGUGACAUGAUUUUAGUGGAGUUGUUUAAUUGACCGUGGGAAGAUAUUUUAAUUAUCUACUUACCCAACUUUCAAUGAUAUACAAAACAAAAGGCAUUAAUAGUUCAUGUGUUACAAAUUAAAUGAACUUAUUCAAGGGGUUGCUGUUGCUGCAUGAAAUAAAUUUGAAUAAAUUAGUAAUGCAUGAACUAUAAUCUAUACAUAAAGUCUUGUUAGGUGGGUGAUAUUGACAGGUCCAGCUUCCAGAUCUGGACAUUGAAGACAUUAAUAGGCCUUUCUCUACAUGAAGUUAAAAAUGAAACUAAUGGCAAAUGCACUGCAUGCUAUUUGUACCCAAAUCACAUCUUACAUGUAAAUAAUAUCCUUUCUUCCUUGACUUGUUUUUUGUGCUAUUUGUUUGAUAGCCUGUAUAUUGUGAUUUUUAGUAUACAUUUAUGUGGUGUUUAGUGCUUAAAGAGUGACCAACUGAAUUUUAAACAGAAAAUUAGGUCAAUGAUUUGACCGAAGAUAAGAUUAACACAAGUCAGUAUAUUUUCCCCUCCAUUUUGCUAUUUGGGAUACAUGACCAUAUAUAUUAUCUAUAUGUUUUUCCAUUUGGAUACAAGACCAUAUAUAUUAACUAUAUGUUUUUCCAUUUGGAUACAAGACCAUAUAUAUUAACUAUAAGUCUUUUUCUAUUGGGAUACAAGACCACAUAUUUUACUCUUCAUUUGCUUCAAUGGCAUACAGAAAUGAAAAAUUGUAUGUUAAUGUAUGAAAUGUCACCAUCUUACACUUUAAUCAAAAAAGUUUAUGACGAGUCCUAUUAUACAUAUGUCCCUUUACUCCCACGUGAAUUAAAUCCUAUAAAUGGUCAAGUAUUGAUGAUACAUGUACAUGUGUGUGUGCAAGACCUGUAAUAUGUUCUGUUACAUUGUUGUUAAAACACUGGUGCUAAAUUGUAUGCUCUUGUGUUGUUUUGUAACUUCAAUUUUGCAAUUUUAGUUUUGAUAAAUGUUUCCCCGUUUAUUGUCUACAAAUUGUUUAGUGAUCUUACAUCGAGGUGUUCAUUAGUACCUAGUCAGAAAUAUGUAUUAUAGGAAUUAGCAACAUUUCAGUCAUAUGUUUUGUAAAUGGUAUUUUAUCGUUUGUAGAUUUGUAUUGCAUUAUAAACUCCUCUUUUAAUAGUUUUACCCACAGGAUCCCAUUACUUUUAGUUAUUAGCGACUUACAAUUAAUAAUGAAUUUUACACUACAUAUUGUUGUCCUUUUAUUAAAUAAGGAGCAAGACUUCAAUUGUUUCAGAUUGUGUGUGAGUUUAUUAAGUAUUAAAUUUAAGGUGACAAUAAUUAAUGUUUAUUUUGUGUUUUGAAUUUUUGUUCCAGUUUGAAACCGUUUUUAUUGCAAUAUUUUUGUGGUUUUAUCAUUGACUUGUUAAAAAUUGUAGAAAUGGUUUUGUCUGUAAAGUUGUUUGAUAAGAAUUUAAUACAAAUAUACUUACAGACUUGUUGUUGUUCAUAGAACCUUAAAAAAAUACAUGUUGCCCUGAAUUCCAACAAAUGUGGAACUUGCAGAGGUUUUGCGUUAAAAAACACCUGCAUUUUAGGCAGCAGUAUUCCAAGAUUUUAGCCUACAAUAAUGAAUACACAUAACAUUGCCAUUUAAACAUUGAAAUUGGGACACUAAUUUAUUGUGGUUUCAUACAUUGCAUAUAAUACAGGCAACCAUCAGAUAUCAAGGUCAUGUUAAGAGGUCAACUCUCAUGCGGUCUGCCUGUGGCUCAUCAAUGUUAUGAAGGAAAAUGUCUCAUUUUUACUUGGCCAUUACUAAACAAAGCAUUCAUUCAAGAUAUUCACAUUCGUACAGGUUGCGAUUGACAAAUGCACAUGGCCCAUAACUUUGGCUUGGUAACCGACAUGUUAUGCCCUUGAUAGUCUGUAAAAUUAAUGCAUGAAAAACCUCAAUAACAAGGUACUCGCAUAAAAUUUGGACAGAUGUUACACGCAUUUAUUUUGAUUUUGAUAGUUUAUUAAAGUCUCAUCAAAACAAAAGAUAUAUAUCACAUAAUAAAUAUACCUUAACACAUGCAUUGCCACUCAGUGUAUGAGUUAUAAGAGACUACAGCCCACAAAAAAUAAUAAUACACAUUACUUAUACAACAUUUAAAAUCGAUAUAUACACACACAUAGUAUUGCAGCCAUAUUGGAUACCAUAUAUCUAUUUACAAGUAAGAAACUAGAAACCAAUGCUAAUCUUGAUUUAAAACAUGCACAUGUAUAGCGAUGUGGAAUAAUUGUUAUGUUAUGCUCCUUGUUCGGUUGAGAAAGCAGACUAAUCUUGUUAGUACUUUCAAAUCACUUGGCACAAAUGUUAAUGUUUCCUGCCUUCUGUUUAUCACAUCAGACUCACUACGUAAUGUAACCAAACCUUGGUCAAAACUCAAGAUUCAGGAACUGCUUCAGAAUCUCAAACAAUACACUAACAUCCUGUUUAAUCUGUGGAAUGUGCGGGAUUGUGAGGAGUAUGGAUUUGGGAAUGGGCUUGUCCCUGUAGCAUUCAUUGUUUCAUUUCAAUAAGGCAGGUUAAGUGCAUGUCGGGUUGACUGUCGGUUGUCAUAGCUUUGGUAGGGCCAUUAAAGAGCAGAGCCUACCUUGGGGUUUAUGUUGCAGCCUAUAUACUCCACAUAUUACAUUUACUAUAACCGUUUUUGAUAUUAUUUUGAUCUGUGAUGGAAGAGCUAGUCAUAAUAAACUCUUGACCUCUCAUUUGUUUGAUAUUAAACAUGUAAUAAAUAUUUGAACUGUU